AAAUGGCGACGACCUGCCAAAAGUUGAUCAAGGAGCGUGUUUGUUUUUCUACGCAUUUACGGCAAAAGUGUAACCUUAUAAACAACGUAGCAAGUGACAAGUGUCCUGUUUACAAACCUUACGGUUAAUAGUUGUGGGCCAAGCUGCCGAGUAACGUAAUCAUGGGUUCAAAGAAGCAUAAGAAGGAGUCGAAAAAGAAAAAACACAGGAGUAGGUCGCGGUCACCCCUCGACAGCGAGGAGCGCGAUCGAAAAAGACAUAGAAAGCACAAGGAUCGUAAAAAAGAUCGCUCAUCUGACGACUCGGUGGCAUUCGCGAUGGGCCACCGCGUCACGUCCGUGCUGCUGUGAGUGGAGGAGGUGCCGGUGGACUCGCACCUGCGGGAUGCCGUCGGCGCCGCGUCGCGCAGUACCAGCGCCAGCGAGGAGCGCGACCGCGACCGUCGCAGCCGCGACCGACACCGCAGUAACUACGACUCCGAUGGCUAUAGCAGGGACCAUUCGAACGAGCCCGAAGCCGAACCGGAGCGCGAGCGUGAGCAGUCGCCGGCUAUGGCGUCGGGCGCGGCCCAGGAGAGCCUCUCCAUCGAGGAGACCAACGCCCUUCGCGCCAAGCUAGGACUCAAACCACUUGAAGUGAAAGAAAAGCCUGCUGAUGACGGCAAAAUUAAAGAUGACCUCGGCGAAUUCUACCACAAGCCCGCCGCGAACAUCGCCAAACAAAAGAAGACAGAAAAAUUGAAGGAAAAAUUAGAAGAGCGCAAGGAAAAGAGGAAAAUUGAACAGAGGAUCCAAACAACAUUGUUGGCUGAUGAAUCAGAUGAAGACGACGCCUCGGCGUGGGUCAAAAGAUCCCGCGAAAUUGAGAAGCAGAAACGAGAAGCCGCCAAAAGGGCGGCGAUGCUGGACGAGAUGGACUCUGUGUUCGGGGUGUCGGCGCUGGUGGCGGAAGAGGAGCGCGACUCCCGCGCACACUCCUACUCCGCCAACGACCUGCACGGCCUGCGCGUCGCACACGACAUCGACGCUCUGGUGGACGAGCGCGAGACGAUCUUGACUCUCGCCGAUAAAGACGUGCUGGCGGAAGACGCGGAGGACGUUCUCGUUAACGUCAACAUCGUCGACAACGAGAAAUACAACAAGAACAUUCUGGAGCGCAAGAAGGCGCGCGCCGGGUACCAGGCGUACGACGACGAGGCGGAGCUGCAGGCCGCGCUCGGGUUCCAGAGACCCGUCCUCGCCAAGUACGACGACGAGAUACACAAGGGCCGUGCCGACAAGGACCGCGGCUUCACCAUCGGAGACGAACACGCCAUCGAAGCCAAGAAGAUGAGGGAUAAGAUGCGCCAAGAGCUGAUCGCGGGUGGUGCGGACAAGCGGCUGGAGUCGCUGCAGCUGCCCGAGCUGCGCAUCGCCUCCGACUACAUGGACGAGCACGAGAUCAACGCUAAGUUCAAGAAACCCAAGAGAAAGGGCAAGAUGCGUAAGAAGGCUAAAGAAGAGCCGAUCGACGUAGACGACUACGACGCGGGCAACGCGCCGCUCGACACCGACGACACCGACGUGAAGCCGUCGCAGCUGUCGCUGGCGGUGGACGAGGAGGAGACGGAGCCCGACACGGAGCUGCAGGCCGCGCUGGCGCGGGCACGCCGUCUGCGCCAGGCCGGGGCCGCCGGGCCCGACCGGAAGAUACCUAAGGUGGAAGAGAUCCUGGAGCGUGUCAAGGAGGAGCCGACGGCAGCCGAGGUGGAGCUGUGCGGCGGCGAGGGUGACGCAAUGGUGUUUGACGCGACGGCCGAGUUCUGCCGCACGCUCGGCGACAUACCCACCUACGGGCUCGCCGGCAACAGGGACAAGCUCGGAGACGCUAUGGAGUUGGAGCAGGAGCCAGAAAUGGAGACGGAAACAGAAUCCAACGCGGGUGCGUGGAGCCGCGUCGACGUCGACAACGAGAAACCGCCCGACCUCACCUCUGAGGGCGCGCGCGCGCUGUGCUCGGAGCCGGCGCUGGGCGCGGGCGUGGCGGGCGCGCUGCGCCUGGCGCGCUCCAAGGGCUACCUCGCGCGCGCCGCGCCGCACCACGCGCCCGCCGCGCGCGCGCACCUGCUCGCCGCGCACUACUCCAUCGAGGACAAGACCUACGCGGAAGACGACAAAUACGGGCGUCGUGAGCGCGGACAUUCGGGCCCGCUGCAAGAUUUCCGCGAAAAGAGCAAUUUCAGGCCGAGCGUGAAGCUCGACUACGUAGACGACGAGGGCCGCGCGCUCUGCCCUAAGGAGGCGUUCCGCUACCUCUCGCACAAGUUCCACGGGAAGGGUCCCGGCAAGAACAAGCAGGAGAAGCGCAUCAAGAAGGCCAUACAGGAAGGGCUGAUGAAGAAAAUGAGCUCCACAGACACGCCGCUCGGCACGCUACAGAUGCUGCAAGAGAAGCAGCGGGAGACACACUCCCCGUACAUCGUGCUCAGCGGCACCAAGCGGGAAACUAACACGUAGGAACCCACCACCCAAACAAACAAAAUACAGCAGUACGAAAUUGUUCCAUCCAAACUCCAGCACUUUACACAGCCACGUGUUUUCAUACACCCAAUUAGAUUGCUUUGUUUAAACAAUAAACGCGUGUGAUGUGUAUCGUAGGUGACUAUAGUCUGGAGCCUAGACUCUGGUGGUACUGCUGACUAAAACUGUUCUAGUGUUGUACUUCAAAAGUAAUCAAACCAUAUACUUAUGUGGACGGAACAUUAUAGUACUAGCCACAAAAAGAACGUAUACCUCAGUCUCUUUCAUAUCGUAUUACGUCAAUAAUAUUGAGGUUACAUAUACUUUAAAAAUAAUCCGCAAAAUUCAAACACUGAUAGAAAUGCUUAACAAUUGUUAUAAUUAAUUUAUUACCUGUGACGCCAUAUUAUACCUUAGGCUAUUCUAUGGACCGCCACAAUCGCAGCGCUACAUAUUUGCUGAAAUAGGUUCAACAUUUUAGGUAGUCAGAGGUAACAAACUAAUAAACAUGGACGUUCAGUGGUAUGGAAAACUCAUUCUGCUGUAGUCGGACUACACCUAUAUCAACCAGCUCUCAAUAUGAGAUACAACUAAAGAUCUAAAACUUUACACGUACCGUUUUGAUUGAAUAUUUUCAUAAUGUAUCAGGUAACAAUAAACUAAUUUAGGCGAA